GGCGCGGCCGUUGUACCCUGGUAUUUCUCGCCAUGCUGUGGGUUGUGCUGUGCCUCGGCCUCCCCGCAGCCCUUUCUGCCGCCCCUUACCUCACACGGUACCUCACCCAGCAGAUUGAUCACUUUGGGUUUGAUGAAAAUCUUACAUUCCAGCAGCGGUAUCUAAUAGCAGAUCAGCACUGGAAGAAAGACAAUGGCCCAAUACUGUUUUAUACAGGCAAUGAAGGAGACAUCACAUGGUUCUGCAACAAUACAGGUUUUAUGUGGGAUGUGGCUGAAGAACUUAAUGCCAUGUUAGUGUUUGCUGAACAUAGAUAUUAUGGAGAAUCUUUGCCCUUUGGGAAUGACUCUUUCAGUGAUUCCAAGCAUCUGAAUUACCUGACAUCAGAACAGGCUCUGGCAGACUUUGCAGUACUGGUUGAGUACUUAAAGACAACCGUGGCAGGAGCCCGUGGCAGUCCUGUCAUAGCUGUAGGAGGAUCCUACGGAGGAAUGCUUGCAGCUUGGUUUCGGAUGAAGUACCCCCAUGUGGUGGUUGGAGCUCUAGCAGCCUCUGCCCCAAUCUGGCAGUUUGGUGAUCUGGUUCCAUGUGGCACUUACUUCAGCAUAGUGACUAAUGAUUACCAUAAGAGUGGGAAAGGCUGCUCUGAAAGCAUCCGGAAUUCCUGGAAAGCCAUUAACCACCUUUCCUCAACAGAUGCAGGUUUAAAGUGGCUUUCCAGCACAUUUCGUUUGUGCAGCCCAUUAAAAAAUUCUCAGGAUGCUGUUUCAUUGAAAAACUGGCUGAGUGAAACAUGGGUAAACUUGGCUAUGGCAAACUAUCCCUAUAAAGCUGACUUCUUACAGCCUCUACCAGCUUGGCCUGUACAGGAAGUCUGCAAGUUCUUGAAGAAUCCUAGUCUCUCUGACAAAUUGCUGCUGCAGAAUGUUUUCCAAGCAGUAAAUUUGUACUACAAUUACUCAGGAGAAGUCUCAUGCUUAGACAUGUCUGAGACUGCAACGAAGAAUCUGGGCCAGUUGGGUUGGUACUAUCAGGCCUGCACUGAGAUGGUGAUGCCCUUGUGCACGGAUGGUGUCAGUGACAUGUUUGAACCCCAGAAAUGGGACUUCAGGGCACUUUCAGAAGAGUGUUACAGGGCUUGGGGAGUAAGGCCUCGUCCCUCCUGGAUUCUUUCCAUGUAUGGAGGGAAAAACAUCACUUCACACAGCAACAUUGUCUUCAGCAAUGGUGGUCUUGACCCAUGGUCUGCAGGGGGGGUCACCCAAAACAUCACGGAUUCCCUGGUGGCAAUUGUGAUUCCAGAGGGAGCCCAUCACCUGGACCUGCGCAGCCGCAACCCUUUGGACCCCAAAUCUGUGCAGCAAGCUCGAGCCUUGGAAGUUUGCUACAUGAAGCAGUGGAUUGAAAAGGCCAGGCACAGCCACUGAAGUGGUACUGCAACAACUGUGGCCGUUAUACCUUGGCCAGCUUUGCUGAGAAGAGCACCAGGCUUUGUUGCAUGGUCAUCUGAACAUUUCAGUCCUGAUUCCUCACCUGUGUUGCAGUGCUAACUAUUGCUUGAGGGAAGCAGGUAGCAGACAGAUGGAGAAGUUUGUCAGGUAACAAACUCGAGCCAAAGUGCAUGGAUUGAGCUGCCUGCUCUGGCUUGCUUUCCUCUUUUGCUGCAUUUAAUAGUAAAGAAAAGAGGUCCUGCUCUAGGCUUGAUGCCUUCCUUUCUGUGCUAGAUGAUUUUCUGACUGCUGGUGUACAGAGUGGAUUAAGUGGCAGUGCUGUUGAUGAUGAAAUUUCUGCUGCCUCAGUGGGUCUGAAUUUCAGACAUCCUCAGCUGGUGUAAAGUGUCACGGCAGGGGCAUGAAGAUAAUGGGGGUACAAAAAUAAUACCUUGCUGUGAUGCUUGGAGAAGGCAUGGGGAAACUGGCUGUGCUUGCUGUAAAGAAACUGAACAGCUCUUACCCUUUGAAAUCA